GUCCGGCGCAGCACUACGGGUGCCGACCAUGAGCAGCCAGGGCGUCGUGGAACGUGCCAGCGCCGAACUGUCGAAGCGUAUCAACGGGCUCACGUUGCGGGCGGCCAAUAAACCGUCUUCCUCGUCGUCAUCGUCGGCCGCCGCAGUCUCGGCGGCCGCGACCUGUUCGCCGUCCCGAGCCGCCCGGACCGGCACCAGCGUCAUGGAGCGCGUCACCAACGUGCUGUGCGGCACCAGUGCCGGUGUCCAGUACCCGCGGUUCCGGGGCCGCACGCCGGUCCGGAACCGCGCCGCUGCGUACCGCAUCAAGCGGCCGGUCACGUGGUCCGAGAUGAUGCGUGACGAACAGUUCUUGAACGGCUUUUUCGCCUACUUCUCCCCAGCCGAUCGCAUACCCAUGGCUCGAGUGUGUUCCCGGUGGCGCGACGUGCUGUACCGGUCACCCAAGUUCUGGUACAAUGUGCGUCCGGUGAUCAGGUGCAAGCAGCUCCGGGCGUACAACUAUGCGGACAAGGCGGCCGUAUUCAAGUCAUUCGUGGCCAGAGAAAUGACGGCCGUCACCGUAUAUGGCGCACAAGACCAGGACACAGUCGAGUUCGUCAACACCUACCCAUUUCCCAACAAAAAUAUCCUGUCGCUGUGCUUGCAGUCUUCCAGCGUCACGGACCGUGGGUUGGAAUCUUUCUUGGACCACCUGCAGGGUGUUUGGCAACUGGAGCUGAUCGGGUGCAACGAGAUCACUGAGGCCGGCCUGUGGGCUUGUCUGACGCCCCGCAUCGUGUCGCUGACCCUAAGCGAUUGCAUAAACGUGGCCGACGAUGCCGUCGGGGCAGUGGCCCAAAUGUUGCCCGCCCUAAACGAGUUUACACUUCAAGCGUACCACGUCACGGACGCCGCCUUGGGGUUCUUCUCUUCGAGGCAGUCCAACAGCCUGUCCAUGCUCAGGCUGCAGUCCUGCUGGGAGCUGACCAAUCACGGUAUUGUAAAUAUAGUUCAUUCGCUUCCCAACCUGACCGUGCUGAGUCUGUCCGGUUGUAGUAAAAUCACCGACGACGGGAUCGAGCUGAUCGCAGAAAAUCUUCCCAAGUUACAAAUCCUGGAUUUAUCUUGGUGUCCCCGCGUUACCGAUGCGGCUCUGGAAUACAUAGCUUGUGAUCUGGUCGGCUUGGAACAGUUGGUUUUAGACAGAUGUAUACACAUAACGGAUAUUGGUAUAGGGUACAUAUCGACCAUGAUAUGCUUGCAAGCCUUGUUCCUGCGAUGGUGUUCACAGCUAAGAAAUUUCAGCAUACAACAUUUGUGCGGCAUGCGACAUUUAAGGAUACUCUCUUUGGCCGGUUGCCAUUUGUUGACAUCCAGCGGCCUGUCCAGCCUGAUACAAAUGCGACAUCUCGAAGAACUAGAGCUGACCAACUGCGCUGGAGCAUCACCAGAACUGUUGGAAUACUUGCGGGAGCACUUGCGGUCUUGUCUAAUAGUCAGAUAAACGUUUUGGCCGUUAAUGUUUUUUUGUUUUGUUUUGUAAACCCGACAAUAACGAAGAGUUGUUGAUAAUAUUACUAUUAAAUUGUGAAUCACUUUUCAAUGAUUUAUAUAUUGCCCUUUUGUUUUUCUUUUUAGACUUAAUAUUUGAUAAAGCGAUGACAUUUUCGAUUUUUUAUAGACGUUUCGUGUUCGUGUAAUGCAAUACAAUUGUUAUUAUAUGUCCGCACACAUAUCAUGUUUUUACUUAUAAAUACUUUGUUUUUCCUUUCAAAGUUGUGUGUCAUUCAAACAGUAUUAUAAUUAUAAUAAUAUUUUGUAUUACCGCGCAUACCCAAUACAACUGCAUCAACCUUUUUUUUAUUUAUUUCGGCGGUGGUUUGCAAAUAUAUUUUUUAAUUUUAAAUGUACAUAACUUCUUCGGAAGUUUAGGUAUUUGUGCAUUGAGAAUAUUUAUAUAAUAUUGUGUAAACGGUGUUCGCGGGUAAAAAGUUAACAUUUAUAUCCGAGUUACAUCCUACUGUAGUAAUAUAAUUCUAAAAAAAACAUAACUCAUAAAAAAACGUUUGCAAGCAUAAAAAAAAUGUUUAAAUGUUUACAACUCGAAUUCGUUUUUCAGUUUUACACAUUUAAUCCGCAAACACUGUAUUGUGUUAUACAUAAUAAUAUAUUAUAUAUUUAUUUGUUACUAUUAAUUGUGUUACCUAUUUAUGUAUUUGUGUCUCUAUACACAUAUAAAAGAUGUGCAAUAUUAGGUAAUGUAAAAAGUUUUUUUUUUUUAAUUAAACGGUCAUCAAAUAUAUUAUUUUAUGAAAUGUAUGAGUGUAAUCAGCCUUGUACUAUUUAGAUAUUAUUAUUAUAGUUAUCGUCUUAAGUCUAAAUUAUAAAAAUAUUUUACGACCAGUUAUAAUAUGUCCUAAUAUUAUAUAAAAUGUAGAGGAGUUGUGUGUAUUAUAAGGUUAAGGCGUCACUUGUAGGCAUUACCAAAAAAAUAAUUUUCUCGGUAGUAAUUGUAGUGCUAACAUUAGGUUAAAUAGUAAAAUCAGAAUUGAAAAAAACAAAUGGGUUUUCUUAGGUUUAUGUAUACUCAAUAAACCGCGCUCUAAGACCGGGUGUUUACUAACUCAGAAAAAAACAAUGCUCGUAAGGCACUCAAUAAACAUAUAUUGAUAAAAAAGCAGAGAUAAUUAAUUAAAUAAAAAUAAUAACUAUUAUGUAUUCAUUACAAAUAGUCUUGGGUUGCAAUGAUUUUAAUUUAGUUGAUAAUUAAAUGAUAAUAUCAUGAUUUAAUUACUUUUCGGUAACUAGUGUUUCGAUAUUUAAAAAAUAUACUUUGUCAUAUAUUAAGGUAAAAAAUGUACAACCAUUAUUUUGAGUAGUAGUUUAAAAAUAAAACCAAAAUGCUUGACUUCCCCGGGUUUGAUCAUAAUUUACUUAAAACUAAACAUCCAAGUAUUAUAUUGUUUUAAUGUUAUUACAUGAGACCAAUAUUUCAAUGAACGUUUAAUUUAUGCAAUUAAAAAAAUGUAAUAAUGCGUUUACUCAUCUAGUACCUACAUGUUUUAUACUUUACUUACUAUACACGGUUCGCUACAAUGUUAUCUUUUCAUGUAAUAAUAAUAAUAGUUAUAAAAAUAAUUUAAUAUAUUAUUUCAUCUUAGUCCGGUAUAGAAGAAAACAGUAGAGACAGGAAAAUCGACAAAAUUCUAUAUCUACCUGAUAUGCUUCAACAAUUUAAUAGCUUGUGAAAAAUAUUUAUUUAUCGAUAAACUGUGUGUUUCCAUAGCAAAAAUGGUUUAGAAAUAACAUUAUAUAAAUGUGAACUAAAAGAAUUUUUCUCAGAAAAAAAAAAUAAUUUGUGAAAACGAUUUGUAUGUCUCUACUUAUUUCUCUAAGCCGCACAUAUGUCAAAAAUAUAUUUAUACGCAAUUUAAAUACAAUCAAAUAAUUAUUAUUAAAAACGUAUUAUAAUACUAUAUUUCUGACUGUUAAAAAAAAAAUCGAAUAAUUUGUGUUACCACAAAUUACCACCGAUACUUAAUGUAUCGAGGUAAAUUUUCAUUGUUGAAAUCUAAAUAUUUAAUUACUUACAUUAGAGACAUGUAUUAUUUUUUGAAACCAAAAAUAUGAAUACUAUAUUUUUUUCUGUGAAGUAUAUUUUUAGACUUACUCUUACACUGUGCUACAUCUAUAAUACCAACUUUCAGAUCAGUUAUAUCUAUAAACAUAUAAAUUAAGACUGACGCGCCUUUUUUAACGCUAGGUAACCAUUAUUGUAAAAAAAAAUACAUAUUAAAUAAUAAUAUGUGUUUCAUUACCAUAAAAUAUAAUCUGCGUGUAUCGAAUAAAUGUUAUAUUUUAUAAAAAAUAUUUUCAAAAAUUUAGAUUUUAGAGGUAUAUAAUAUUACU